UGCGCUCCAGUGACGAGCAAGGGAAAGGGAAAUCGUUGUAAAUCCCAUUCAGUGCCUUGUGCAUCCUUUGGACAAAACGGGGUUAGAAUAGUUUGUUCUUUUUCCUCAGCAUUUGGGCUGAGCUCUGUGUGCACAGUAGCCUACAGACAGGCAUCGGUUGGCCGAGGUUCACCUGAGUUUUCCCUCCAUCCAUGGACAUUCAUUCACACCCCAUCUCCACUGUGUCCACCAGCAGGCAAACUAACGACUUUUUAAGAAACACCGCGCAAGCUUCUGCGCUCCUGGACCGGAGAUCUGGAGAUGAAGACAGAUGUUACGCUUUUCUGUCGGACUUUGAUUGGAAUAGCAUAUGCCUCAGGUCUGGUGAUUGGCUUUUCUAUGACUCCACCCAUCCUUGACAGCUCCAAAGACGACCUAGUGAUUCCUGUCCACCAAACACUCACUAUUACAUGCAGGGGGCAGCACACUCUGGCCUGGGCCUGGCCUGAUCAGACUCUGGUGGGCCAGGAGCUAACAGACCGCCAGGCGCAGCUCCCGACCCCCAGGACCCCCGGGCCGAGGGUGGUCCUAGUCAGCGAGUGUCCGGGGCAGCCCGGGAGGCCGUACUGCAAGAGGCUGAUCCUGAACGGGGCGCAGGCCAAAGACACGGGCUACUACCGCUGCUACUACAAGGAUGUCAAGGCCAUCAUCGUCGGCACCACUGCCGUCAGCGUUUAUGUGUUCGUCAGGGACCCCGAGCAGCCCUUCCUCCAGAGAGGCAGCGACAUGGAGAUCAUUUUCAUCAACCACUUCUCCACCCACGUCAUAGUACCAUGCCUGGUCACGGUGCCCGAUCUGAACGUCACUCUCCAUGCGUAUCCCACGCCUCUAGAAACCGACAAGAUGACAUGGGACAACAAGCGAGGUUGGACCAUUCCCAGAAACGUCAUGGCCAGUGUGCCAAUGCUCAUCGGAGUUUUGUGUGGGGCAACACUAGGAGGCAAAGACUAUCAAUCUCCUAGCUACAUUUUCCACACAACAGGAAGUCAGGUUUACGAUGUCAAGCUGUUUCCUGAGGAUCCAGUGGAGCUGAUAGUGGGGGAGGCCCUGGCCCUCAACUGCACAGCGUCGGUGGAGUUCGACACUGGAGUGGACAUAAAGUGGUAUUACCCCCGCAAACAGCCGAACAGUAGGGAAGACACUAAGCCUUCUCGUGAAGCUCUGUCUCACGCCACAGAGGCUGUUAGCUUCCUCACCAUCCACAGCGUCAACGUCAGAGACACUGGCCUGUACAUCUGCAACGUCACCAUCGUGGGAACAACCAUAACCAGGCAAACUCAGGUCAUAGUUUAUG